GAGAGAAAGGUGUUGUCUUUCAUCUAUAUCUACAACUCUGCCUGGACUUGAGACUCAAUAGUUCAGAGGGAUACGCGAGUCAUGAUAUUGGAAAGGAAACGGAAAAUCGAGCUCUUCUGAAUUAAUAGGAGGAUAACACACGUAAUCAAAUCACUCGUUCUGCCUCUUCGCUACAAAUUUUCCUUAAUCUGGGAUAACCAGUCACACAUAUCUCAACAUGCAGCGAAGUAACAUGGUUCAGUUUCUCUUCCCAUUUAUCUUGGCCAUCUUAAGCGUGGAUGCUGUAUAUUUUGAAGAUGGAGAACUGUGUAUGGUAAAAAGAAACUUUACUGUAGCCACCUGUGGCCUCAAACCAGAGAUUUUCGCUAUCAAGAAUGCGCUGUCGAGAAUGGAGAAUGAAAUUUCAAGUUUAGGGAGUGAAUUAAGACAAGUUAAAAAAACCUGUGGUAGUUGUGUUCAUCGGGAAGCAAGAAGUUGUGCUGACAACCUUUAUCUUGGAGCAACUGAGGACGGACUUUACUACAUUGAUCCUGAUGGCAACGGAAAAUUCAAGGUAUUUUGUGACAUGACAACAUCAGGUGGAGGAUGGACUGUAUUUCAACGUCGUCUUGAUGGAAGUGUCAACUUCUACAGAGGAUGGCAAGAUUACAAGACAGGUUUUGGCACCUUGUACGGUGAACAUUGGCUUGGUCUCGAAAAAAUUCACAGAAUAACAAAAAGCCAAAAGCAUGAACUUCGGAUUGAACUAGAAGAUUUUUCUGGAAACACCCGUUUUGCCCAAUAUACCAAUGUUUCAAUUUCUAAUGAAAGUGACAAAUAUCGAAUAAAUCUCGGAGUAUAUUCAGGUAAUGCUGGUGGUAAUGCUCUAAGGUUGCAUGAAAACAUGGCUUUUACAACCAAAGAUUCUGACAACGACUUAUUCAAUGAGAAUUGCGCUGUUAAAUUCAAAGGUGCUUGGUGGUACAAUAAAUGUCAUCAUUCAAACCUGAAUGGAGAUUAUCACCAAAGUGCUCUUGUCCAGUAUGGCAAUGGUAUUAUCUGGUAUGAAUGGAAAGGGUAUUAUUUCUCUCUCAAACACGUUACAAUGAAAAUUAGAGCUGUUUAACCGAAGGAGAGGGAACUGUGGUUUCAUUGUUAUAAUACAUACAAACACUUUGAUUCUUUCUGUCUUGUAUCUGUCUUGAAUUAUCUUUA